GUCGUCAUCAUGUCCACCUACCCUUCCCCCAGCUGCCCUUCCGGUGGACUGCAGCCAUGGACCCUAACCGCCCCACCGACCCGCACCGCUCGGACCCGCGUCUCGGCCCCAACCCCCGCCGCUCCGGCCACCGCCGGGCGCACUCCGAGACCAUCCUCCACCUCCCCGACAACCUCCUCUUCGACUCCGAUCCGGACUUCUCCCUCGACGACGUGGACUUCCCCUCCCUCGACGACGACGCCGCGAUCCCGGUCCCCACCGCUGCUGGCGGGCCGGAGUCGUCCGUCAGGUCCGCUGGACAUCACAGGAGCGUGUCGAUCGAUGGUGCCUUCUUCGAUGGCCUCGAACUCCGGAGCCCGUCGGCCGGCGGCGGGGUCCUGGGUAAGGUGGCGCAUCAUCGGCGCAGCGGCUCCGUCGACGGGUCUAUUUCGACGUUUGAGGGGGAGAUGGCGGGGCGGUUGGAUUUGGCCAAGAAGGUAAUGUCGGAUGACAAGCUCGCCGAGCUGGCGCUUAUCGAUCCCAAGAAAGCUAAAAGGAUUCUUGCAAAUAGGCAAUCUGCUGCUCGAUCGAAGGAGAGGAGAAUUCGUUAUACUAGUGAGCUUGAGACAAAGGUGCGGACACUUCAGACAGAAGCAACCACUCUCAUGGCCCAGCUUUCACAGCUACAGAGAGACACAACUGACUUGACUGCUGAGAAUAGGGAACUUAAGCUGCGGUUGCAGGCUAUGGAGAAAGAGGCUCAACUUCGUGAUGCUCUGAAUGAGACACUGAGACAAGAAAUUCAGCGGCUCAAGAUAGCAGCAGGGGAAAUCUCAAUGGUUGAUGGCAAUACAUUCAACAGAGAAAUCCAGCAGGCUGCGUCCCCAUAUAUCUCCCAUCCACAGCAGUUGCCUAGCCAAACUGGUUAUCAAGCCCUGCAAUUCCAUGGCUCUCAACCAUCUUUUAGUGUCCAAUCAGGAAGCGCGCAGACUCCACAGGAUCCAAUGGAUUUCAUGUGAAGAUAGGAACCAUUGACCUCUCUUGUACCUGCUUGAUGUACUAAUAAAUAGAAGCUGACAUAAGUUAUGGAGCCUAGUUUGAUGUGCAGAUGUGCAUGUAUUAGCAUAAUCUGUUGUAAAAUGUAACAUUUUGUAUAAUCAAAUCAAACACUUAUGUAAUCCGGUUUAUGAAUGUCAGCCUCGAAUGUGUAAUAUCGUUGAAAUAACAGUUCUGAUUGUAAUUAUAUGUACAAAGAUUAACAAAGAAUGCAUUUCUUCUGUGGUAGAAAGAAAGA